AUGGCGAUGAACCUGAAACAAGCACAGCUUGUGUUAGAUACGGCCAAAACUGAUAAACAAUUUUGUAUCAAGGCUUGUUGGAGUCGUUUCUUUUCUAUCAAAGACUUGAUACGAUCGGAACUGGACACGAGGACACUGGGCGAUAUACGCAUGGUUCAGCCCAACUUUUGCUCGAGGACCACCCACGUACACCGUAAACAGAAGGUAUCGAUGGAAGGAGGCGGUGUGCCUGACAUCGCAUCGGCAUCUACAUUCGCUUAUCUCGUCUUCAGAGAAAUAUCUAAGUCCAUUACAUUAGUCGGAGGGCAAAUGGGAGACGUCGACGAAGAAGUUUCGUCAUAUAGAAUAUAUCGGAGUGUAGCAAUGGUCAACCAUGCAUAUCACAUGAACAGCGGGAUGGGUAAUAGCACCGCUGUCAUCCUUGGCCGGAAGGGCCGUAUUGGAGUGUGUAUUGCCAGUGUUUUUAGUUAUAAGCUAGACCACCCAUUCCAGUGCCCAACCGAUGUUGAACACCGUCGGGAGAUUACCUGUUUCCGGUGA